AUGGAUUCACAUGGAGGACACUACCUCAACAAGGAAGCUGUUUUGUCACCUUUAGGCGCAGCUCGAAUGUGCCAGCUGCUACUUGGUUGCACCAUAAUAGCCCUUGUGUCCCACAGUGCGGGCUAUAGCGCCACCUAUGGAAAUUUCUGCAUGUUUGUGUGGUGCUUCUGCUUUGCUGUCACGUUGGUUGUGUUCACCCUGGACAUCACACGGCUCCACAGCUGCAUGCCCAUUUCCUGGGAUAACUUCACUGUGGCCUUUGCCAUGCUGGCAACAUUGAUGUACAUCACUGCUUCUGUGGUCUACCCUGUUUACUUCCUCCAAACAGAAUGCCCUGAUGAGGGCUGUGAAAUCCAAAUCUAUCGCAUUGCUGUGACUGUCAUUUCCAGUGUCUGCAGCUUCCCCUACGGAGCUGAGGUGUUCCUAACUCGAGCCAAACCAGGUGCUGUGGUGGGUUACAUGGCAACUGUGUCUGGUCUACUCAAGGUGGUCCAGGCCUUUGUGGCCUGCAUUAUUUUUGGAGCCCUGGCCAAUGCCAGCGAGUACAACCUCUUCAUUGCCACCCAGUAUUGUGUGGUGGUGUACAGCCUGUGCUUCUCUGUCACUGUGAUAGUGAUUAUACUGACGGUUUCUGGGAGGACCUCUGCUCUGCGGUUUCCCUUUGAUCGGUUUGUGGUCAUCUACACCUUUUUCGCUGUGAUCCUCUACCUCAGUACUGCACUGGUCUGGUCCAUCUUCAGCUUUGACAAGAAGUACAGCUCUGCUACUCGUCCUGAGAAAUGCCCACGUGGAGAUUGUCCUUGGGACAGUAAACUGGUGGUGACAGUGUUCACCAUUGUCAACAUGAUCCUAUAUUUUGUUGAUCUCAUCUACUCCCAGAGGAUUCGCUUUGUCUCCAGUUCUGCUGUCUGA